AUGAGUCCUGCGCGUGAUUGGCCGCUCAGCGCCGGCGAGGUCAUCGGUGCUGGUGAAGCCUUUUCAGGAUGCUUUGCUUCUCAGCCCUUCAUUGAUAUUGCUCCACUCUUCUUCGAUCUGAACCAUCUAGAGUUUUACCUGAAGAAUCAUGGCACUUCCACACUUUAUUACCCAUUUCACGACCUUCAUGGCCGGACUCCUCAAGCGUGUGCUCUCCUGGACCCGGGGCCGGAGCUUGACACCGAGCACUUCCAGCACAGUCAUACACACUCCUCAAAUUCCAUCGCGAGAGUACUCUUCAGCGGUCCCGCACUCAACUUCCACUAUUCCUGA